AUGUCCCCGCUAGAGACAAAUCCCCUUUCGCCAGAGACUGCUAUGCGCGAACCUGCUGAGACUUCAACGACGGAGGAGCAAGCUUCUACACCACACGCUGCGGACGAGAAGAAAAUCCUCAGCGACCUCUCGGCUCCAUCUAGUACUACAGCAACCCCCGCAGACAAGGAGCACCGUCCUAAAUCGUCGUCCAGCAAUAAUGCGGUCUCGGUCAACGAAGUCGAUGCGCUUAUUGCGCACCUGCCAGAAGACGAGAGGCAGGUCUUGAAGACGCAGCUGGAGGAGAUCAAAGUAAACAUCUCCUUCUUCGGUCUCUGGCGGUAUGCAACAAAGAUGGAUAUACUUAUCAUGGUAAUCAGUACAAUCUGUGCCAUUGCUGCCGGUGCUGCAUUGCCUCUAUUCACGGCACCGUCGACUUUCCAGAGGAUAAUGUUAUAUCAAAUCUCGUACGACGAGUUCUAUGAUGAAUUGACCAAGAACGUACUGUACUUCGUAUACCUCGGUAUCGGCGAGUUUGUCACUGUCUAUGUUAGUACUGUUGGCUUCAUCUAUACCGGAGAACACGCCACGCAGAAGAUCCGCGAGUAUUACCUUGAGUCUAUCCUGCGCCAGAACAUUGGCUAUUUUGAUAAACUCGGUGCCGGGGAAGUGACCACCCGUAUAACAGCCGAUACAAACCUUAUCCAGGAUGGCAUUUCGGAGAAGGUCGGUCUCACUUUGACUGCCCUGGCGACAUUCGUGACAGCAUUCAUUAUCGCCUACGUCAAAUACUGGAAGUUGGCUCUAAUUUGCAGCUCAACAAUUGUGGCCCUCGUUCUCACCAUGGGCGGUGGUUCUCAGUUUAUCAUCAAGUACAGCAAAAAGUCGCUUGACAGCUACGGUGCAGGCGGCACUGUUGCGGAAGAGGUCAUCAGCUCCAUCAGAAAUGCCACAGCGUUUGGCACCCAAGACAAGCUUGCGAAGCAGUAUGAGGUCCACUUAGACGAAGCUGAGAAAUGGGGAACAAAGAACCAGAUUGUCAUGGGUUUCAUGAUUGGCGCCAUGUUUGGCCUUAUGUACUCGAACUACGGUCUUGGCUUCUGGAUGGGUUCUCGUUUCCUGGUAGAUGGUGCAGUCGAUGUGGGUGAUAUUCUCACAGUUCUCAUGGCCAUCUUGAUCGGAUCGUUCUCCUUGGGGAACGUUAGUCCAAAUGCUCAAGCAUUUACAAACGCUGUGGCCGCGGCCGCAAAGAUAUUUGGAACGAUCGAUCGCCAGUCCCCAUUAGAUCCAUAUUCGAACGAAGGGAAGACGCUCGACCAUUUUGAGGGCCACAUUGAGUUACGCAAUGUCAAGCAUAUUUACCCAUCUAGACCCGAGGUCACCGUCAUGGAGGAUGUUUCUCUGUCAAUGCCCGCUGGAAAAACAACCGCUUUAGUCGGCCCCUCUGGCUCUGGAAAAAGUACGGUGGUCGGCUUGGUUGAGCGAUUCUACAUGCCUGUUCGCGGUACGGUUUUGCUGGAUGGCCAUGACAUCAAGGACCUCAAUCUCCGCUGGCUUCGCCAACAGAUCUCUUUGGUUAGCCAGGAGCCUGUUCUUUUUGGCACGACGAUUUAUAAGAAUAUUAGGCACGGUCUCAUCGGCACAAAGUACGAGAAUGAAUCCGAGGAUAAGGUCCGGGAACUCAUCGAGAACGCGGCAAAAAUGGCGAAUGCUCAUGACUUUAUUACUGCCUUGCCUGAAGGUUAUGAGACCAAUGUUGGGCAGCGUGGCUUUCUCCUUUCAGGUGGCCAGAAACAGCGCAUUGCAAUCGCCCGUGCCGUUGUUAGUGACCCAAAAAUCCUGCUCCUGGAUGAAGCUACUUCGGCCUUGGACACAAAAUCCGAAGGCGUGGUUCAAGCAGCUUUGGAGAGGGCAGCUGAAGGCCGAACUACUAUUGUGAUCGCUCAUCGCCUUUCCACGAUCAAAACGGCGCACAACAUUGUGGUUCUGGUCAAUGGCAAAAUUGCUGAACAAGGAACUCACGAUGAAUUGGUUGACCGCGGAGGCGCUUAUCGCAAACUUGUGGAGGCUCAACGUAUCAAUGAACAGAAGGAAGCUGACGCCUUGGAGGACGCCGACGCUGAGGAUCUCACGAAUGCAGAUAUUGCCAAAAUCAAAACUGCGUCAAGCGCAUCAUCCGAUCUCGACGGAAAACCCACAACCAUUGACCGCACGGGCACCCACAAGUCUGUUUCCAGCGCGAUUCUUUCUAAAAGACCCCCCGAAACAACUCCGAAAUACUCAUUAUGGACGCUGCUCAAAUUUGUUGCUUCCUUCAACCGCCCUGAAAUCCCGUACAUGCUCAUCGGUCUUGUCUUCUCAGUGUUAGCUGGUGGUGGCCAACCCACGCAAGCAGUGCUAUAUGCUAAAGCCAUCAGCACACUCUCGCUCCCAGAAUCACAAUAUAGCAAGCUUCGACAUGAUGCGGAUUUCUGGUCAUUGAUGUUCUUCGUGGUUGGUAUCAUUCAGUUUAUCACGCAGUCAACCAAUGGUGCUGCAUUUGCCGUAUGCUCCGAGAGACUUAUUCGUCGCGCGAGAAGCACUGCCUUUCGGACGAUACUCCGUCAAGACAUUGCUUUCUUUGACAAGGAAGAGAAUAGCACCGGCGCUCUGACCUCUUUCCUGUCCACCGAGACGAAGCAUCUCUCCGGUGUUAGCGGUGUGACUCUAGGCACGAUCUUGAUGACCUCCACGACCCUAGGAGCGGCUAUCAUUAUUGCCCUGGCGAUUGGGUGGAAAUUGGCCUUAGUUUGUAUCUCGGUUGUGCCGGUUCUCCUGGCAUGCGGUUUCUACCGAUUCUAUAUGCUAGCCCAGUUUCAAUCACGCUCCAAGCUUGCUUAUGAGGGAUCUGCAAACUUUGCUUGCGAGGCUACAUCGUCUAUCCGCACAGUUGCGUCAUUAACCCGGGAAAGGGAUGUCUGGGAGAUUUACCAUGCCCAGCUUGACGCACAAGGCAGGACCAGUCUAAUCUCUGUCUUGAGGUCAUCCCUGUUAUAUGCGUCGUCGCAGGCACUUGUUUUCUUCUGCGUUGCGCUCGGGUUUUGGUACGGAGGGACACUUCUUGGUCACCACGAGUAUGACAUUUUCCGCUUCUUUGUUUGUUUCUCCGAGAUUCUCUUUGGUGCUCAAUCCGCGGGCACCGUCUUUUCCUUUGCACCAGACAUGGGCAAGGCGAAGAAUGCGGCCGCCGAAUUCCGACGACUGUUCGACCGAAAGCCACAAAUUGAUAACUGGUCUGAAGAGGGCGAGAAGCUCGAAACGGUGGAAGGUGAAAUCGAAUUUAGGAACGUGCACUUCAGAUACCCGACCCGCCCAGAACAGCCUGUCCUGCGCGGCUUGGACCUGACCGUGAAGCCUGGACAAUAUGUUGCGCUUGUCGGACCCAGCGGUUGUGGCAAGAGUACCACCAUUGCAUUGCUUGAGCGCUUUUACGAUGCGAUUGCCGGGUCCAUCCUUGUUGAUGGGAAGGACAUAAGUAAACUAAAUAUCAACUCCUACCGCAGCUUUCUGUCACUGGUCAGCCAGGAGCCGACACUGUACCAGGGCACCAUCAAGGAAAACAUCUUACUUGGUAUUGUCGAAGAUGACGUACCGGAAGAAUUCUUGAUUAAGGCUUGCAAGGACGCUAAUAUCUACGACUUCAUCAUGUCGCUCCCGGAGGGCUUUAAUACAGUUGUUGGCAGCAAGGGAGGCAUGUUGUCUGGCGGCCAAAAGCAACGUGUGGCCAUUGCCCGAGCCCUUCUUCGGGAUCCCAAAAUCCUUCUUCUCGAUGAAGCGACGUCAGCCCUCGACUCCGAGUCAGAAAAGGUCGUCCAGGCGGCUUUGGAUGCCGCUGCCCGAGGCCGAACCACAAUCGCCGUUGCACACCGACUCAGCACGAUUCAAAAGGCGGACGUUAUCUAUGUUUUCGACCAAGGCAAGAUCGUCGAAAGCGGAACGCACAGCGAACUGGUCCAGAAAAAGGGCCGGUACUACGAGCUGGUCAACUUGCAGAGCUUGGGCAAGGGCCAUUGAUCGCAUCUCCCCUCAUAAUUAUCUUCUCCGGCUACUUUCUUGCAUAUAUAUAAUCUUGGAUAUCUCCUUGACAGUCUGAUGGUGUGCUAGCACGUUUUUCCUUACCUUGACUUUUUGUAUAGAAUUCUCGGGCUCGUUAAGCCUAGUUAUUGGUUUUUCUUUUUCUUUUAUUUCUUUUAUUUCUACUUCUUUUUAUUUUCUUUUUAUUAGACUUCUCGUCUCAUAGCAGACACUCUCCUCUACCUAUGUACCUUAUAGAUGAGAUGAAAAGAAAAAGCAGACAAACCACUCCAUACUCCA